UAGUUCACUAGUUCCAGCGGCGCUCACUAACUAGUCCGGACAGAGACAUGGGCAGCGCGAGCGCGAGCGGGAGCGGGAGCGGGGGCGCGUGUCCGCGGCACUUUGCGCUCUUCUGCUCGGUAGUUUUUGUGCUCAGCAUCUUCUUCUCGUCUGCUGAAAGCUAUCCAAAUCCACUGACAGAUUGUGAAGAUUAUGGAGAUUAUAUUCAGGGCUCGGCUCUGUUCAGCACUCUGUGUGGAGCACACUGGAGGAAUCAGGAGCAGGAGCAGAUUCAGAACGUCUUCAAGAGGUUUCUCUUUCACUAUUCUAAAGCACACAACUCGGCGGGAUCCGUCGAGAGAGAGUCUCACUCGGUUCAUCCGCUCAUGCGUCUCUCGCCGAAGCUCUCUCUGCGCAGGAAGAAGCAGCAGAAGCUGAAGAGAGUUUGCGGCGUGUCUGGACGACGUAUUCGAGACGUCUUCUGUCCGUAUCUGGGAUCCUCUGCGGCUCCGUAACGCCUCAGACGUGUUAAAGCUGCACUAGUGCUGCAGAUGUUUAAUAAACGUAACCUCAAGCUUG